CGGAGGCCUUCUGAGUCUUCUGAGAAAGCCCAUUCCCUGUGCCUUCCCCCCUUUGGGCGCGCCGCCGUUCCUCUGCCACCCGGACAAGGGCGGCUGCCCGGAGAGGUUUUUGCUAUUGGUGUGCGCCUUCGAGACGCUGUCGGACGAGGCCAGGCGCGCCAGGUACGACCGCAAGAGGAAGCGGCAAGCCGAGGGCGCCGAGGAGGCCGUCGCCGCACCGGGCAGGAGGCGCCACCGCGGGGCUGGCGCAGGCCAGGCAGCGCGGCCGCCGGCAGAGGGCGCGGGCGUGGGCGCGCAGCGCUGCGGCAUGGACGACGGCGGGGACGAGACCUUCGCUGCUUCGCAGGGCUGUGCGCGGCGUCUGCGCGCUGCGCUGCAGCGGCUGCGGACCGCGAUCCGCCUGGUGCCAGGGGAGCAUCGGCAGGCGGCGAUCGAGGCGCUGCAGGCCGAGGUGAAGAGGAGUCUGCUCUCCUUCAUGGAGGCUCAGCGCAGCAGAGGAGCACAUAGCUCCGAGAUCGCGCCUGGGCGCGCCGAGCUGGACUCGGCGUCGGAGUCCGAGAGCGAUGGCUCCCUGGCGUGCGCAACAGGUAAGGCCAUCGGCGACUGGCGCUCGCCGUCGGAGGCGCCUGCGCCUGGCGAGUUGACGGGGCGGCACAGCGGCGAGCGGGCGCCUGGCGGCGCGCCAGCAGCCGCGCCAGGGGCCGCACCGGGCAGGCCCAUAAGGCGAUCGGACACGCAGGGGAUAGAGAAGCUCGCCAGAGGCGGGGCCUGGAUGUACCGCGCCAGGGUGAUGUUCGCCCAUCUCUGCUUCUACACGAGGUUCCAGGGCCGCCUGGAGGACGCCGUGGAGCAUCACAUCCUGCUCGUGGAGAUCCGGCAGAUGGCCCAGGAGGGCAGGGGGGAGUUGGCCGCGGACCCGGAGAGUGGGGAGCGGAUCCACCGUGCGUUUCGCACUGUGCUGGCCUCCGCUGGCACAAGCACGAAGGACAUCGGGCUGAAGGUCCACGUCCGACUCGGGAUCUUCGGGCACAAGCGUCAGGUGACAAUCAACUCGCCGGUGCUCCCGCUUCCUGAGGCCCUGUCGCUGCGCAGCCGGCUGCUGAUUGCACGGUCGCAGAGUUGGGGGCAUUUUCGCAACGCUUGGGUGGACAUGAUACGCAGCUCCAGGUUCCUCCGCGGCCGGAUGCGGACCUGCAGGGACGCCGAGGCCUUUGUCGACAGCGUCGGAGCGGUCUUCGAGCCGCUGUGGGGCAACCUGCGCGGCCUCAAGGGCCGCGACUGGGGCACGAACCAGCUGGAGGGAAGGAACGCGAGAACGACCCAGACUGAGCGCGGAAACGUCGGUGUCGAUCUUGGUCGCCGUCCAGUUUUUUCGUGGUCAAUCCGUGGAUCAUCCUCGCGAAUCGGCGACGGUCAGCAUGGAUCAUGACCAAGACCGGCGUCGACAAGAUUCCGCGACUUCUCUGUCAUGUCCGUGGACGACUCAUGUGCACCGUACCGCGUUGGCGUCUCUCGGAGCGUCGUACAUCCUCGACCCAGGCAUCCGUUCGGCGUUGCAGCGAGGCCCGGAGGCAGUCCAGACAUGGUACAGUGCAUGGGCGCCGUUCUCGUAUCAUGGUCACCGUGUUGAUUCCCUCUGCCAGCAGCUGCUCGAGAGGGUACACAGGGCCGCGGCCUCCGUGCAGCGGGCGCUCGCGUCCCGGGCGGCGCUGCUCCUGCGCGAGAGGCGCAGCGCACGGCUGCGGUCGCUGCGGGCGAGCAGGCGCCUGCGCGCGGAGCGGGCGCGCUGGCUGAGGCGCAAGGCCGGCAGGGACAUGACCAUGGGAGACCUGGCCGAGGCCAUCCAGCGGGCGAAGCACGGUACGGCAGGGCACCGAGCCUGGCCAGGCCGAUCCUGGGCCCAGGAUCGGUGUGUGUGUGUAUGUGCGUUCGCCCGGCUUCCUCCCUCCCUCCCGCCGCCGCCGGGCGCCUCCUCCCUCCUCCUGCAUGGUGGCGGAAUUCGCGUUCGUACAUGAACCACAUUAAUGUAAUGUGCAUGUGCCGCCGCAUGCUAACGCAAGUCUUGGUUACUCAGACAUUGACGCGACUGCUGCU